UCUGCCCCACAGGUGCCAUCAACUACGAGCACUUGCCUCGGCACCAUAAAACAGUGGUUCGCUAGGUCUGGCUGCCAUUGGAGCGACCCUACAAGAUACGUCCAUACAAUCGUUUUUUGGGGACACUUUACAAAGAGCGAACAUGAUAAAGAGAUUUGUGACGGUGGCCAGGGUUAAAAUGGUAGAGGAGAAUGAUGCUCAGCUGUGCUCGCACUGAUUAUCACCGCUGAAGGGCCGCUACCAGGAUAAAUCUUCAUCGAAUCAGUUCCAUUACUUCUCAAGAUUUAAAGGUGUUGCGCAAGAAAACUGUAUUAAGUGACAUUUGCGUACUCUGAGGGGGUCGAGUUCUAGCUCCAGGUCCUGCAUUUUAAUUUUCAAUCGAGGGGUACUGCUCAGUGGCACUGUUCGUUACUUAACCUCUUGGGCUAUAUCAUAUCUAAUUUUGAAUGCAUGACUGAAGUCCACCUACGGUGCCUCUUCAAAAUCCAUGACACACUCACAAUGCGACGGUGUACAACACAUAGAUGAGAAAAUAAAAAAAAAGUAUUCUGCGAUCAAUGUCACCAUUUUAAAAAUAGCAAAUAUAAAUAACAUUUUGAAAUAAAAGUUUAAAAAAUGUUGCUAUAAUUUAAAAAAUUUGUUCUCUUGUAGAUUUGAAAAUAACGCAAAUAUUUAUAUAAAACAAUGUAGAAAAGUCUCAUAUUCUGGAGUAUAGAACGAGGGAAGAGACGAUGGUGACAUUAAGGUGAUCAAAUAAAUACGGGUUUGAUAUUCUGGGAGGACCUGGACCAGGUUGGAGCAUGGCGUCUCCAGCGCCGCCUUCAGAUAUUCUUGGCCACUUUUAAGACUUUUAAGGGCUGCCUGACCCCAGUAGAGGCUAGGAUCAUGAAGCAUACACCCAGGACGCGGCUGCUGGCUCUCCUCUCCCUGUGUGUGGUAGCUAGAGCAGGCAGCAAGCCGGUAUAUACCCCGACCUCAAGCUGGGCUAGUGGGCAGCAGGGGAAGACCUCGGAAGAAGGGGAGCAACAAUACCCUCAGGAAGGGCUUCCUACCCUCUCCCGCCCACUCCACUUUCCCUCUCGCCCUGAUGACCGCUAUAACUUGGCCUCUCAGCGCCGCCAGUACUCCUACAAUGGGUUCCCGCACCGCACCGUGGAGACCAAAACCUCGCCUCAGUUGGAUUAUGAAUUAGAUCAGUCUUACCAGAAUGAGGUUAAUAUCUAUGAAUACUCUUACAGGGAGAGCAGUACCUACGUGAACCCCAGUAAAAAAUACAGUCAUGGGGGAGGGCGAAGAGUGGGGUCCGGAGGGGUAGGAGUCCCACGGCAGCUAGGGGAGCGUGUAUGGUGGGCGGGUGUGCCCCUUCCGGUACUCACUGCCCGUGGGGACUCAUAUCUCCCCAGAGUCAUCACGCCCGAGGCUCAGCAGGGCCGCCCACCCGCCGCACAGCCUCAUCGUGAAACGCCCCACAGCAGCUCCGAUAACCAUGAACGGCACCUCUAUGGAGCCAACGGCGAUGACUACAAGCCACCCGCCGAUGGCAGUCAUGUGGUUCAGAAUGAUUCGCUUAAAGGCAUGAUCCGCGUACAGAAGUCUCUACAGACGUCUCGCGACACAGCCGGGUAUGUCCACGACUUUCCUGCCGUGCCUGUAGCCCUCUUACCCAGCACUACAUCGCAAGUUCCUCUCCUUAACCCACGACCCAGACCUCGAGGAGGGUUUGAAUCUCUCCUAAAGAUGAUGAACCAACCUGAUGAAAGCGCUCUCGACAAGUCAGCGAAAGAUGUCAGUAGCUCUGGAACUCCCACUGACAAAAACAGCGAUAGAGAAAUUCCCGUCGACACUAGCAGCAGCAGGAGUAGCAAGAAAAGAAAAAACGGUAGUGGGGAUGGGUCGCAGCAGGUGCUUCCUCGGGUGGGGGAAGGACAAGAGCCUGAGAGCCCUGUCACUACAACUGCCAUCCUGGGAUCUGUUAUGCUCCUCAUUAUACUGGUCGUGGUGAGUCAGGUGAUGGUGGCUCUUCGGGUACAAUGGAGAGAGAGAGUCAAGGGAGAAGAAGACUGGUGUGUGAGGUCCCCCACCGUGCAGCCGCCCACCCCAGCUUCCAGCAGUGCUGCACUUCCCGUCACACCUCACCACCUACAUCCCCUAACUCAUCUACAGGCAGAACCCAUUAGGAUCAAGGCGAAGGGUUUGCUAGAGCGUCGAGGCUCCAACACCAGCCUCACUUUGGAGUUAGCACCAAACUGCCCCCCACCAGAGGUGACCUCUCCUCCACGACACUGUACUCCCGAGGAGUUUCUCAUGACGGCUGGGAACAGGACGAGUCGUCGGCAGCUGCGUCAGUGCCUCAAGGAGGUCAGGGCCAUCCAUGCUGAGUUCUGGGAGGUCCCCCUCAAUCACCCUGAUAAAUGUGACGUGCCAGGGUCAGCAUGCAAGAAUAGGUAUCGAACCGUACUACCCAACGAAGCCACCCGGGUCCGUCUCCACACAGGAGACCCUGCUACCGAAUAUAUUAAUGCUAACUUUGUCAGGGGUUAUGAUGGAGAGGAGAGGGCAUAUAUUGUGACUCAGGGACCACUGGCUCACACAGUAGUCGAUCUAUGGCGGCUGGUAAUGCAGGAGCAGGCACCAGCUAUUGUCAUGAUCACUAGGCUCAAAGAGAAGCAGAGGGUGAAGUGUGAGCCCUACAUACCAGCACACACAGCCACCUAUGGGGACAUCACCGUCACAGUCAAGCAGGUUAUACAGAAGAGUGGCUACACUAUCCGCAGACUUCUCCUCCAGCGUGGGGAGGAGCGGCAGGAGACUCUACACUUCUGGUAUACAGCCUGGCCCGACCACAAGGCCCCAGCUGAGGCAGACCAGCUCCUGGCUAUGGCCCUUCAGGUUGAACACGUCAGAAAGACAGAGGAUGGAGUGCGGUAUGGCCCAGUUAUUGUUCAUUGUUCGGCGGGUAUUGGUCGAAGUGGUUGCUUUGUUGCUAUCAGCAUCGCCAUUAACCAACUGCAGGAGGAGGACUGUGUUGACAUUCUUGGCAUCCUCUGCCAGAUGAGACUAGACAGAGGAGGAAUGGUGCAGACGGGGGAGCAGUAUGAGUUCAUCCACCGUGCUGUGGCACUAUAUGCUGCCACCCUUCCUGCUGUCACUAGUAGCAAGUGACCCUCACCAACACUACAUACGCCUUCUCUAGGGCUCUGAUUCAUGUUAACUGCAAGAAUGCCAGUUUCUCUCAGCCUGAAGAAAUAAACACCACUACACAUGUCUCCUUCAAGACAUUUGAGAUGCUAGUCACAACGGGUGACUCUUGAGAUGGAUCUAUUGAUGUAUUGUACCACCACACCUGCUCCUACACUCUGAUGACAGCCUCAAGAAUGUAAGAUAGGAGUAAUGGUGUAAUCUUCAAUUAUAUUUAUUAAGAAAAAGGCAUCAUUAGUAACCCAGGAUAACCCAACAGAGUCAAAAACUGCAGUAUAAAUAACAGUAUUUCCACUGGAGUCCUUUCUUAGGAUUCAAACCACAACAGCUAACUAACUGAAGUAUCUAUUGACUGACAGGUGAACAUGGGUAGUAGGUGUAAGGAGAUUUGCCCAUACAUCUCCCUUCACCCAGGAAUUGAACCCUGGGUUCUUUUUGGUGGUGCCAAACACUCUACAACCAGAAAUGCAAUUGGGUCAAGUUGUAAUGAUUCUAUACCUAAGAGAGCCUAGCUUUCUAGGUAAUUGGCCAAAUUUUUGUACAGCUCUAAACUAUCAGUACGAAUGGCUUCAGUAAACAUAAUUGGAACUUAAAUAAUAUAUUAUUUAGUGGUCAGAAAAUAUCUUGUGCUGGUAUUGGGAUAUAAUAUAGUAUUUGUAUAUACAAUAUGCACUUAAGCUUAGGAAGUCAGGAGAAGUGUUAAAUUUAGACUGACUCUUCCUUACAUAUAUACAGUAACCCUACACAUACAAAAGUAUGUUUACAGUAAGCCUACAUAUAUGAAGGCUUUUGGUAAGAAUAAAGGAACAAGUUUUUAAUUUUGAAAUGUGAGCCAACACAUGUCCAUAGAGCAUAACGGUGGUGGUAUUCUUACCGAGUCCCCACUCCCCCUAUAAAAAAGAAAUAUCAGUUUUAUGUAUAUGUUCCAGAGCAUUGUUUGCAUGAUGUCAUUCUGAAAAAUAUUUAUUUAAUAUUGAAAAUAUUUGAAUGGUUGAUAUUCUCAUGGUGUCAGUGUUAAUCUGAUGGAAAAUUUGAGACGUGACAAUUUUCUUGAAAAUAAAUGUACGUGUGUUUCAUGCAAGCAACACAAACACCACUUCUCUAAGUUCUGCCUGCUUCCAUUGCAGUGACAGAACAUUCAUGUUUCAGAGCUGGAGUGAGUGAAAUCUAUGGAAUUAAUUUACUUCUACAGUUAGACCAGUAAUAAGUUUACAGCCUACAGGACUUGAGGUGUUCAUAUACUGUAUCUGCAUCUUGCAUGUUAUAUGGGCAGGUGGUAGGAACCACAGUGGUGAUGGUAGAUACCCAAAUGGAGUAGUGGUGGUGGUUUUAGCUCAAUGUUCAGUGGUGGUAGCAAGUGUGCUGUACUGUAUAAGGAGAUGUGUGUACUCUUGCAGGUGUUUAGAGAUAAACUUAAUGGCUGUUCUUGAAAUAAAGGUUAACUGAUAUUCCACAAGUGGUGAAGCAAUCACUAGCAUAGGUGUAGAAGCUAUCCACUGCCCACAGUUGUUGUCUGUGUGCUAAUUACCCUUUACCCGCAUUGUACCUGUGAUACACUGCGGGUAUCAACACAUACUUUGCUCAAACCAACACCACCACUCUUGAUGGAGGUGUUUAGCAAUCUUGACCAGUACUGUAUACUAUACUCACCUAUUCAUAGGUGCAGGGGUCGAGUAUUGGCUCCUAGCACGAUACUGGAAUAAAAGCCACUGGCUUGGCUGGCUGCAUUAAAGUGUUCAAAAUAUUUUACAUACAAGUAGAAAAUUUAUCCUGUAGACAAGAGAAUUGCAGUGUAUGUGACAUACAGACAUUCUUAUAGCAACGCAGUGAUUUGUAGUGAAUGAACGGUAUGCUGGUGCCUCCUCUACUACCAACACAGACCACUAUAUAAUGCCCAAUACAUCUCAGUGCAGGAAAAUUAACAAUUCCAUGUGUCAUGGCAAAACAGGUUGUUGAAAAUAUAUAUUAAAUUUUUAUAAGGAAUGUGUGAGCUUGAAGGGUAGUAAGGGAAAUAUAGCAGGCAAUCAUGUACAGUGUACCUAUCACAUUACAGUACAUUGAAAUGUAUACAUGUUGAGAAGUUCCGCAGAGGCACACAAGACACUGCUAAGCCUCUCAUUUGGAGACUGGCAAUCUGCUUAGGCUAGUACCAUAAAAGCAGCACUAAUGGCAAGUGAAAUCUGGCAGAAUUUUCAUGCAACUCACUAUUAAUACAAUGAUAAAAGCUGACAAAGGCACAUCUGGUAUACAUCCAAAAAAAAGAAAGCUGUCACAUGUGAUUAUUACUGUUUGUGGCAUUAAGUCUUGAAUCUACACGCUGACUUGAUCACCAUGUCUUGAAAGUCUUUUCUGUACUCUACCACUUGCUCUUUGGGUUUUGCCAUACAUGUCAGAAUUUUCACCAGUCAAAUUGUAAGAUGUAAUAAAUAUGUAAGCUGUAGUAAUAAUAGUGAGUGAGAUAAACAUACCAGGUAGUAUGUUCAGGGUGUGUGUGUGUGUGUGUGUGCUGGAUGGGCAUGCCUGUGCAUUCAAUAGUACUACACCUGUACAAUGCUAUUCUGACUGGAACAUCACUGUUACACAUGUCAUGCUUAGGAGUACGUGGUACACCUGAGUAAGAUGGCAUAGAAAUUCGUGCUGGCACGACAUACUAGUGUGAGUGGUAAAGACACCUAAUUUACACUUCCCUGUGCAUGUGAAAAAACAUUUCAGAUGUUAAUAAAUCUUGAGUACUUGUUCAGUUUUUUCUUCCAUAGGCGAGUAUCUGUCUUUACCACAUGUAUACAACCCAACCAUUUGAAAGUCCUGGACUUCAGUACCUGUACAUCACAGUCCUUAUCAGAUGUGUAGACUUAAGUAGUGUGCAUCUUGAAGAAUAGGUCAAAAUAUUGCUGGACAAUCCACAACUAAGCCAUAGAUUGGAAAUAGAAAGUGUACAAUGUUUUGCUUCACCCAGUUGUGAAUCAGUAGUGGACUAGUUUCUGUUAUCAGUUUGUGAGCUUGUUGUGGGAUAUCAGUGCAGUACCAAAAUUCAUUUUACAUUAGCUGCACAUCCUUAUCAUGAUCAUCUCUGUAUCCUUGUUUUGCUGCCCAGGUUGGGCAUAAGUGGUCAUGCAUAUUCAUUCACUAAACAUGCCCCCCCCAAAACAGAAUUCUGUACACCUAGAUAAGAGAAAAAAAAAUAUUUAUAUAUAAUAUAUACAGAAUUUGCAUCUGUAUAUUUAUUUUAAAAUGUACCAGUAAAUGAGAAAUAUGUAAAAACUGAAGCAUAAUUCUUAAAUAUUGAAAGCCAAAAGAAUUAUGAAAGAAGUGGUAAGUGUAUAGUGUUAUUUUUCAUUGGCAUGUUAUUACUUAUUCUAAAUGUUUUUAAUAUAUUUUACAAAAUGUAUAUCUUCUAAAUAAUAUUUUAUUUUUUUAAAUAUUGCUAGUAAAAUAUGUUAUGAAGAAUGAAAACUGCUCUUGUGUUCAGGUUCCAUGAACCAGUAAUAAGAAUAGCAACCUGUCUGUAUGACCUCUUUAAAAAAAUGUGUGAGAGAGAGAGAGAGAGAGAGACAGACAGACAGACAGACAGACAGACAGACAGAGAGACAGACAGAGACAGACAGAGACAGACAGGCAGACAGAUUCAGAGGCAGACAGAUAUUGAUUAAUUCAUUUAUUUCCCAUAUAUACAAUAAACAGAAAUCCUAUAUAAAAUAUACUUGUUAUACUGUACAGUAUUUCCACAAUAAUGUAAAUCUCAAAUAUUUUAAACUUUUAAUUCACAUAUGUUAAGCUUUACUAAUGUAAAAUACACACUAUUUUCACCCUAGUUAUAGUUACCUCAUUCCUUCACUUCUGAUGGUACUGUACUGUGUUAUAGCAUAAUUAAUUGUUCUAACUCGUGACGCGAUAAGAAUUUUAAAACUUGUACAAUUAUUGUGGAUGUUCUUUCAUCACAUAGUCAUGAAUGGCAGUGUCUUCACUUUUUUUAUUUGUUUUACAGUGGCACCUCAAAUUUUGAACGUAUCGCUUAUCAAACUCUUCGAAAAUUGACCGCUUUUUUCAAACCCCUAUUUUCGAACCGCCAGGUACCGGACCUGUCCGCCAGCCCACUCUGUCCACAUCCCCGUGCAGGCGCCGUGAGCCAGUCUGGCUUUGUUGAUGCUUGAGUGAGCACUUACCUACGCUCUCAUUCAAACAUUUUACGAUUAAUUCAUUGUGUUUAGUGCUUGUGAAACUGUGAAAUAAGCUACCAUGGGCCCAAAGAAACUUGCUAGUGGUACCCCUGUGGUAAAUAAAGUGAGAAACACAAUAGAUGUGAAGAAGGAAAUAAUACAGAGGUGCCAGAAACAGAGGACUGCGGACAGUUAUUUUGUGAAACGGGGCGCUGUAUAAUCCUCCGGGUUUAGCGCUUCCCCCUUGAUUAUAAUAAUAAUAAUGUGAAACAGGGGUCCAGUGACUCUCAAGCUGGUCCUAGUGCAUUAAAAGACAGAGAAGAGAAGUAACCCCAGAGAGGGCUUUGAUACCUAAAGUCCUUAUGGAGGGGGAUUUCCCUUCCAAACACUAACCCCAACUUCCUCUCUCCUCCUCAUCUUCCAGAUGCCAUCACCAAUCUGCAUUCUGGCACUUCUCAACUACGUAUUCCAUCAUCUCUUCCACUGACUUGCUCUCCAGUUCCCUUUCCUGCUGCACUGCAUUCAAGAAUUCCUUCAUUUCUGCAAAGUUCCCUCUUUUAGAAUCUGGCUUCUCUCAUCCUCUACUUGACAGUUUUCUCUCUGUUUAGUUCCACAAGGUACUCAAAGAUCAGUACUGCAUGGUCACUGGUGCCCAGGGGGCUCUCGUAUUCUAUUUCUCCUAUGUUGGACUUGCAGUAGAUGCUAGGUCCAGCCUUGCUGACACCUCUUGCUCUCUCUUGUCAUAUCCUUAACAUGCUGGCACAUAAAGUUGUUCCUGAACCUCUCCAUCAGUAUAGACCUCCACGUUUCCAUUUCCCCCAAUCUUUUUCUUUAUGAUUGAAAUCAGGCAUAAGUAAGUUUGCCUUGGUCCUGCAUGCACUCCUAGCUGCUUCGACACUUGCUCACUCUCUUCUUUCUCUCUCUGAGUGUGUACUCACCUAUAUGUGGUUGUAGGGGCCAAGUCACAGCUCCUGACCCCACCUCUUCGCUGGUCACUACUAGGUCCACUCUCCCUGCUAUGAGAGCCUUACCAUACCUCUUAAAGCUGUGUAUGGAUCCUGCUUCUACCACUUCACUCUCCAGAUUAUCCCACUUCCUGACAAUUCUAAGGCUGAAGAAAUGCUUCCCAACAUCUCUCUGACUCAUCUGAGUUUUCAAUUUCCAAUUGUGCCCUCUUGUUCCAGUUUCCCCUCUCUGAAACAUACUGUCCCUGUAUUUUGUACGUUAUCAUAUCCCCUUUAGUCCUCCUGUCCUCUAGUGUCAUCAGGUUGAAUUCCCUUUACCUCUCCUCUUAGGACAUACCCCUUAGUUCUGUGACUAGUCUUGUUGUAAACCUCUGCACUUUCUCGUGUGUGCAUGAGAGCAUGAAAAUGAGCAUGAGAGAGAGUGCGAGAGUGAGCGAGAGAAAGAGAGCAAGCGAGCACGAGCACACAUGCAUCUGCAUGCAUAUUAAGUGUUCAUUAAAGAUUUAUAUUAGUUGAACAUUUAUAUGUCAGUAAAAGAAGCUGUAACUACUGAGUAGAAAUCUUAUCCCUAGUUAAUUUCUCAAAAGCUAUCCUUCUUACCUAACGUGUGAAAGAUACUAGGUAUGCCUAUCCAGCAGAUGUGCCAACAACAUCAGAUUCUCAGCCAUUGUAUCAAAUGUUGUCUGUCCGCCCACUGCAGAAACUUGUCCAGUUAAUGUCUACUCGCAGUUAAAAACAGCAUUUCUGCUAUUCUCCUUAAAAGUUUUACAGUAUGUAGACAUUCUUGUACUUUUGAUGCUUUCCAACUCUUUCCAGAUUUUAAAACAUAUUGCAGUACUAUGCUGUCCCCAUUUAGACAUUGUUUUCAUAUUUUCUCAUUUUUACACCUUUUAUCACAGUCUGUAAAUAUACCAGUUGUUGUUCUUAUAUUUUUCCUAUCUGUAAACAUUCUUGCUCCAUUGCUUGUCUUUACAAUUUGCUAUUCUCUCUUUUUGCAUUUUUUCUUCCCAACUAAAAUUUUUUAUCUUAAGAUUGCCAUACAGAAGGUAUUGAUUAAGCUGACAAGCGGUAAUUCAAAGAUUGUAAGCAGAAAAAAAACUUUAUUUUAUAAUGUUUCAGUAUAUAAGGCAUUAUUAAGUGCAAAUAAAACCCUAAUGCCAAUAAAACAUUGUAAAAUAGAGAUUUUUCUCUUUGAAUUACCUUUCCACACACUUUGAUUUGUUUAUCUAUCUUUUAAUUGUUAAAUAUUUUACUUUAUCCCCAUCUUAGGAAAUGUAGUGUGGGUACGGAGUUGUUUUGCACACAAGUGUUCUUUAACAAUAUCUUAAUACAUAGCACAAAAUUACUUGUCACAUGUUCUGUGGCUAUGCAAUAUCAGACUGUUAUCCAAUCUAUUGUCCAAUGAGUGUUUAUAAAGAUAUCACUAAAGAUUUUUUCCAUGCAAAUGUACUGUGUGCCCACCUUAUUGAUAGUGUGUCCAAUGUUUCUUUUCAGGAACACAACAGUCUUGCUACAGCUCUUCACAUACCUGGAGUUUACCUCCAGGUAAACUCCAGGUAUAUAUUUAUCAAUAUCCUUUUUUUUCCUUGCCAAUAUAGUAAUUUAUUUACCAUCAUAUGUACUUGUGUUCCAUCAGCUCCAAAUUUGUUAAAAGCAGGUGUAUAUUACUGCAAAGAAGAGGUUGACAACUGAAUCCUUUAUGAUGUAAUUACUGUAAAAUAUAAAUAUAAAAUAAAUAUAAAAUAUAAAUAU